UCAAUUUGUCCUACCGUUAUUAUGUGAUUUCAUGUUUUAAUUAAUAUAAUUUUUUUUUUGUGUAUGAUUGAUUUUUUUUCUGAAUGAUUCUCAAAACAUGGCCAUUCUAUCACUUUUGGUCACAUUUACUAUCCUCACAAUGACCAUCAUUCCAAAUGAUUCGAAGGCUGCACCACAAUUUGCUAUUCGAAAUAAUGAUGGUCAAGAUCAAUCACAAAGUGGUAAUAAUCAUCGCUUGUAUCAAUACUUGAUAUUGCGUCGUAAGAUUCAUUGUUCAUUGAAUCCAGAACUUUGUUCAACAGCUAACAAACAUCAUGGAAAUAAAAAUGAUUCACCAACCGUUAAGCCAGAUGUUAAUGUAAUGCAAUCGGUUUUUAUGUUUGAUAUUUCGGUCAUGAUUCGUUAUCCACCUUGUUGUAUGAGCGGCAUACCAAUCGGAAAUUGCAUCAAUUGUAAUGAUAAAGGUGAAGAUUUCAAUCAUCAUUACAUUGUUGAUCCACAUAAUCCGGGCAGAUAGAAUAGAUGAUAAUCAUGAAAUUUAUCAUUCAAUUUUUUUUAAAAUCCUAUUUUAAAAAUCGUUACAAAUUAAAUUAUGAUUUUCCAAACAAACAAUAAUCAACAAUCAAGUAUUAUAUUGAACUGUGUUUCGAUUCUUUUGAUUUGUUCAAUGUUAAACUUUAUCCAUAAUUUUUUCUGUCUGAUAAAAUUUUUUUUAAUGAAUAAAAA